CGGCGCAUGCGCUCUCCGGGCGCCCGCGACGGCCUCGGCUAAACGUUACCAGCCGAGCGUGCCGGUUUCCCUAGAGACAGAAUCAGACCGGAGCGGCGGCGGAAAAGCCGGGGAGACAGCGGGUCUCUUCGAGAAGCCAAGAUGCCGUCCAAGGGAAAGGACAAAAGUAAAGGCAAAGGCAGAGAAAAAGAAAAAGACAAAAAGAAGAAGACAGUAAAAGCUGAAGAAUCUGCAGUGGAGAGAGCCAAGGCCAAUGCAUCCCUUUGGGAGGCCAGGCUGGAGCUCACAGAGCUCUGUAGGAUUGAGUAUCGUGAUACUUCCUGGAGACUCGCAAAAACUAAUGAAGACUUAAAGAAACAGCAGUAUAAAAUGGAGAAAGACACCAUGUCUGUAUUAAGCUACCUGAAGAAGCAGGAUCAGGAGAAAGAUAAUAUGAUUGAAAAACUGAAACUGCAAUUGAAUGAAACAAAGGAAAAAGCCCAAGAGGAAAAGGAAAAAAUGGAACAAAAAUAUACUGCGCAAAUAAAUGAGCUGGAGGGACAGUUCCAUCAGAAAGCCAAAGAAAUUGGCAUGAUUCAGAUAGAGCUAAAAACAAUAAAACAAUUCCAAAAGAGAAAAAUCCAAGUGGAAAAAGAAUUAGAUGACCUGAAGGAGAAUUUAAGAAGCACAGAACGGAGAUAUCAGGAGACUCUUAGAAGAUUGGAAACCAAGUUUUUUAAAGAAAAGUGCCGACUGGAACAGGAAGCUGAAAAAAAGAUUAUAAUGCUGGCAGACAGAGCCCAUCAUGAAGCUGUUGUGCAGUUGAGCAACGCUGGAAAAGCUGUUUUUAAAGAGAAUGUUUAUCUCCAGAAAGCUCUUGAAAACCACCUGAAGGAAACUGAUGCUUUACAAAAACGUGCCAACAAGUUGCUAGAGUCUCAGACUUCCCUUUUACAACAAAAGGAGAUCAAUGAUCUGUUGGUUAAGGAAAAGAUUAUGCAACUUACCCAGCAGAGAUCACAAAUACAAACCCUUCAGAAGAAGGUGUUAAGCUUGGAGACUGCUCUGGUUUGUAUGACCAAGGAGUUUGAAACUGAAGUUCUAAAACUGCAGGAACAGGCAGUAGUAGACAACCAGGCCGAUCAGGCUGAAAUUUUCAAGUUGCAACAACUGCUUCAGAUAAAGGACAAGGAAAUGAAUAGAAUAAAGAAACUGGCUAAGAACAUACUGGAUGAGAGAACAGAAGUGGAAAGGUUUUUUUUAGAUGCUCUGCACCAAGUGAAGCAACAGAUUGCAUUUAGCAGGAAGCAUUAUAAGCAGGUAGCAAAAGCUGCUUUCAAUGUUAAAAUGCGAGAGGCAUUUGCAGGAAGAACAGAAUAUCCCAAAAUUCGAACGUUUGAUGGCAAAGAGCACAGCACCAAUAGUGUGAAUCAGGAUCUUAUGGAGGCCAAUAAAUGGACAGGUAUUCAAGGAAAUGUCAAUAUUGAAGAUCUGACUUGGGAGCAGAAGGAGAAAGUCUUACGGUUGCUCUUUGCAAAAAUGAAUGGUUUUGUUCCUAGGAAAUACAGUCAGAGUUCCAGGCCUCCGGUUCCAGACUAUGUCGUUCUAGACAAUGGAGAAACACAGGAACUGGGGGACGAAAGUAAGCUUCAAGAUCAAACCUUCAUCACCCAGCAAGUACCGAUAAUCUCAGACUCUCCUAGUAAACUGGUGAUACCCAGUAUCCAGACACGAUCCCAAGAGUCUGACACGGGAAACUAUUGACAAGCACUACUGAACAAUGUGUGACCCCACAGAGGCUGCUGGCAAGCUUUUCCUCGCAGAAUCCUUGUUCCUGAAUAUGUUAGAGUUUCUUAGAAGAAAAGGUAUUUUUAAAAACUUGGUUACCUGUUUGCCGUAGAAAUUGGUGUCUCCCCUGAAGGAAGACCGGGAGCCGGUGAACGAGAACAUUGGUAAAGGCACCGGAAUGGGGACGUUCACGCCCACCUAGAGCAGGACAAAUCCACGUCAGACACUAGGAAGCAGACUCGAGCAAAGGAACUCUCCAUUCAGAAGCAUAAAUGCUUGGCAUCAGAGAGACUAAUUUUAAAUAUCCACCUUCCACCCAAUUUCCACCUCGUGAACUUUUAUUCCUGAGGAAGAAAGGGAGCACCGUGGGAGACCAGGGGGCAGCAACUGAUCACUGUUUACCAUCUCCCCAGAACAAUACAUGGCUCCGAGAACCUCCUGAAAGUUCUGUUCACAGACCUGUCCAACAUCUACCAAGUGGGAAUAUUUCCGCGCAGUGGCUCCAUUGGUGGUGAAGAUGGCAGUUCCAUUUCCAUACGGGUUAUCAUUUACAAUCUUGAUGGCUUCAUCCAAAGUGUCUGCCUCCAGAACCACAAGAACCGGACCAAAAAUCUCCUCUUUGUAACAGGUCAUGUUCGGCUGCCAGGAGUGACGCAUCCAGAAAAGAAGUCAGUAUUUUAUGCCUAUUUGAUUCUUUAGUACCCAACUGUUCACACGGACAGCUUCCAUGCUAGUAAUCUCUUUUCAUUUUAAACCACCUAUUUUCUUUUGAAGUGAUUUCUUGCUGUGUUCCACCUUCCAAGCUACCAAUCAUAUAAAUAACUUGAAGUUCCUAUUAAGUACAAUUACACUCCUCUCUUUCAAGCACUUGUAUUUUUAGGUCCCAUGACCCAUCACUAGCUGUCAUACUUGUAUAACCUAGUUAUACAAUUAUUAUGUUACUGAAAAAUUACAUCAAAAUUCAUUGUUAAUAAAUCAAAUUUGUAUUUAAAACACCACAGGGGAGUUUUUUUCUGUUUAAAGAAACCCUUUGCUAAGUUUUCUGUAACAUAAACAAUCCAUUCUCACUCACUCCUUUGCCUCCCAAAUGAGUCUGUACGUUUAUAUUUUGAUAUCAGGUCACAUUAAAUGUUCAAAACACCCUUUACCACU